AUUUCCCUUUAAUCUUAUCAUCAAAGUUGAGACAAGGUAGUGGGAUAAACGAGUUAAAUGUUUGGGAUUGCAUUUUUGAGAUCAAUUAAAAACGUUAUUUACCUAAACUUAAACAACAGGAAUUCUGCAGAUGCUGGGAAUUCAAGCAACACACAUCAAAGUUGCUGGUGAACGCAGCAGGCCAGGCAGCAUCUCUAGGAAGAGGUGCAGUCGACGUUUCAGGCCGAGACCCUUCGUCAGGACUAACUGAAGGAAGAACGAGUAAGGGAUUUGAAAGUUGGAGGGGGAGGGGGAGAUCCAAAAUGAUAGAAGAAGACAGGAGGGGGAGGGAUGGAGCCAAGAGCUGGACAAGUGAUAGGUAAAAUGGAUACCAGAGGAUCAUGGGACAAGAGGUCCGGGAAGAAAGACGGGGGGGGGGGAACGCAGAGGAUGGGUAAGGGGUAUAUUCACCUAAACUUACAACCUUUUGACAUUGGUGCUAAAUUUUCUCUAGUUUCAUAUUAAAAUUUGCUGUGUGGUAGUGAAUGUAUAUAGAGGAAUAGUGUUUUGUUAAUCUCAAUCGAAAAAGGUUGAUGCGUAGGUCACAUUUUAAUGCAAUAAUCCCCCUCCCCGACAGAAAAAAAACAUUAACUUUAUAUCAUUUAUUUCUCAGGACUGUUUAAAGCUGCCAAUAGUAUUUGGGUUAAUUGUUGCAAAAUUCAUCACAUGACCUUCUUGUAACUGCCCUUUUUAAUGCUCAUUUUGAAUAGUUUUUAUCCUGAUAAAUCGAUUCCCCUACGAUUGUUUUCUCUUGAGAUGUUCGCACCAACAACCAGGAGAUUUGAGCUAUUUUGGGGCAUGCAGGGCCAAGACAGUCCUGAAGUCUUGUCAGUUCAGGCUGGUAAGAAUUAGACAUGACAUUGAAAAUCCAAGCAGCCACGCUUAAUUGUGAAAACUUCCAUAAGCAUGGCAUUGUAAACUUUCCCAGGCGUUUGACAGGCAUGGCUGGGUUCCUCUGAGUUUCAGCUUGUUGCUGGACGGGGUUGAAAAGGGCCAGGGUCCACCGCGGGUGGAGGACUGGAGCAAGGUUUGGCGGGGUAGGGGCACGGGUACGGGUACGGACCCGGACCCGGACCAGAGGGGGAGGAGCAGACACCGGGACCGGGACCUGCGCAGGCGGCAGUGGCGGGAGCAGGGAUCGGUGCCGCCGCCGCCGCCGCUUCCCGCUGGAGUUGAUGGACGAAAGGAAAGAAGAUGGCGGCGCCCACGUAGAGCGGAUCAUGGCGGACGCCUCAAGGUGCAAGCACAGAAAGCAGGCGAAUCCGAGGAGAAAGCACGGUGAGUCAGGCCGUAUUUUAACCUCUAUCAUUGGUAGGUGGCGGGUCAAACCCCACGGGUGCUUGACCUGGUUCGGGAUUUCUCAUAAGUGAUGAACUGUAGCGAAAAACGAUUUGAGUGCAGCAGCAAGUUUGCAAGCUGCUCGGCCUGCUUUACCUGGCCUAUACGCCCAUUCGCUUUAGCGGUCUUCGCUCUGGCCUUCUAUAUCAGCACCUGCUGACUGAUGUUUUUUUUAAGCUGCAGGAUGACGAUCGUUAACCAUGACUCGUCUGUUUGUGAAUAAAGACAUGGGCGGUGUGGGAAUCUGGUGUCGCCCGCUGCAGGCGGGCAGUGGUUGUCACUGGGACGGGUGAGCUGCCUGGACGGACAGCGGGUUACUCGGAGCCUCCAACUCCCACGGGUCGGUUCCACUGCUGAGCUGGGCCGGUGUGGGCGACGGUGGGGUGUGACGUGCGAGCACCUGCAGCGAGCAACAUCCUGAACCCUGCAGUUUGCCGCAAGGGAAAUUCCUAAACUCGUCUAGGUUAUUGAAGUGAAUUGAUGAGUAGAGGCUAGACGUCUCCCUGGAGGGAAAGAAAUUUCUGGGCCAGUUACCAUGGGAUGUUAUUACAUACCACCUAAUGGGGAAAAGUGUACAUCAUGAAAAGACCUGGAAGUGAGGAGAAUUCGAUAUCUGAUUUAAGAGCCAAGGAACAAAUAUUGAUGAAUGAAGAUCCAAAUGGCUGUUUUAAAGAAAUUAAUGAAGAGUCUGCAAAGAAAGAAAUGGUGUUUCAGGAUGUAAAGCCAAUGCUUCAUGUUGAAGAUAUUGCAAGAGAAUCUGAUCAAAGAGGAAUUCUUCAAAAUGAUAUCAAGAAUGAAGCAGGCAGUGUAGACAACAGCAAAAAAUCAACCUGUGGGCAGAUGCAAGAUUUUAUCUAUGAUUCAUCAAAGUACCCUGAUGCACAAGGAUCUUCAUCGGGUAUGGCUGGGCAGAAGAGGACUUUGCAGGCCAAGGGUCAUUUCAGAACCAUUGCUCCAAAAGUUAGUCUCUCACCAGUAAUGGCACCUGCUUCUUCUAUUCUCCCUCCAUCUGCUACCAUCAGUGGAAUUUCUUCUGGAUCCAACACCUCAUCCGAUAUUCAGUCCAAUAAAUGUCCACCAAAGCCCAUUAUCAUGCCUGCUCGGAGCUAUGCGCUGAUGCCCAUUGUGGGUAAAGAAGGAACAUACUCACUGGUUGCGUUGUCACAAGUUGCUGCAGCUCCCUCACAAGCUUCUUUAAAAGUUGACAAGACAACUGUAACCUGCACCGGUCAGCCACAAGUUUCUAAAGGAUGCGGGUCUUCGGUAGUAUUUGGAAAGACAGCACCUCAGGCUGCCGCUACUGAGAAGUUACCAAUACCACGGUAUCAGUCCCUCUGGACCAAACCAGCCACAAAGCAAUGCCGAGCCUCAAAACUAGCAGUGGUAAAGCCCAGUAAUCUUCAUUGUCUAUCAAAAGUGACAUCAGUACAGGUGCAACCAACUCCAGUACCUGGGCAUUCACAAAUUAAUCCAAGUGUUGAAGCACUUAAAACAGGAUUGUUGACUGAGAGUGAGAAAACAGCUAUUGCAGCAGCUGAUAGUACAGUUUCUGCCAUAUUACCCCGAGAUGCUGAUGUUGGACACUCAUCCACCUCCAAAGCUGACAAUCUGAAAAGCAGUGAAAUCAACCAAACAGUAUCCCUUACUGUUUCAACCAGCAUGAACAGAUCCAUGCUGAACACUGCGAUAUUUAAAGAUUCUUUUAAAUCAAAGCCAGAUUUGUUGAAAGCAGCAUGUAGCCUUUCAUCUUGGUCUGUUGUCCAAUCAGACCAACAAUCCCCUGUUAUCUCAAAGCAAAAUCAAUCUGUUGGUUCUUUGCCAAUGAUGCAGUUUGGAAAUUCUGUUCAGUUUAUUGCACCUUCUCCUGCUCCAAAAGGCAAAGUUCCCAUUUUACCCUACUCACAAGUAAAACGCACCAUCUUUCUUAAUCCCAAACAAAAUCAAGCUCCUGUGGCACCAUCUCCUCAAUUCAUGUCUAGAGUUCACUCAGCAAAUGCAGGAAAUGAUCAGUCUACUAAUGUGCCUAAAAAUAUUUGUGUGGUUUCUGAUUUUCACGGGGUGGGGCCUCAGAAACCACGUAGUCAGCUGACAUUUAUACCGGCAGAAAGAGUUAGUCCACAUACUUCAAAAAAGGUGAUUAUAAAUAGAUUAAAGAGGCCAAGCAGCAAUAUACUCAAGCACAGAUUAGCAAGGAAAAGAAAAGUCACAGACAAUGUGGCCGUAUGUAAAACAAAAAGGUUUCAGACCUGUGAUCUGAGCAAAGUGCAGGAAGAUAAGGAGAAGACAAAAUGUGUUUCUUUUCAGGAAUGUGGCACUUACAAAGUUAAAGAAGAAAAUAUAAAAACAAUGACAAAUAAAAACUCAGACAAAACAGCAGCUGUGUUGAAAAAGUUUUGUAACAUCAUGCCAAAACCUGUGGCUGCUAUGCAAGCUGUAGCCCCGCUGGCAUUCUCAGGAGGAAUUGUUGCAGUGCAGAACCAUGACAGUUUAAAAUCAGGGGCAGCACCAAGCAGUACAACAAUAAGUAAGAUUGGUAAUUUUGUGCAAGCCGCCAACACGUCUAUCUACUGCAGAAAUCUACCUGAGCACUUGAAUGAACAAGCAUAUAAAUGCAAUGUUUGUAAUCGAACAUUUCAGUUUAAACAUCAUCUUCAAGAUCAUUUGAAUAUUCACUCCAAAACCAGGCCUUAUUGCUGUAGAAUUUGCCACAAGGCCUACAGUCACUCAGGCAGCCUGAGCACUCAUAUGAAACGAUGUCACGGUGAAGUACGACGGAAAAAGCUCAUGUGCUGCGAGUUUUGUGCAAAGCUUUUUGGAAAUAUUGGAGUUUAUUUUUUUCACCUGAAGGAGAUCCACAAGGUCUUAAUCAGUGAUGAGCCUUCCAACAAUUUGUUUAUGCAAAAUAAGAACCACCGAAGUGGAAAGUCAGAGCAGAUGGAAACCAUGUGUUGUUUGCCUCCAUCAGACAGAAAGCAAGCUGAAGGUGAGCAAUCAGGAGCUGAAGUAGCUGUCCCAGGUGCCCUGCAGAUAAAAUGUGCCCGCUGCCAGAUUGUUACCCCCACUUUCAUUGAUAUGAAACUUCACCUGCUGUGUGUUCAUGAGGAAGAGCUGCAGCUGAGGGUGGAAGAAGGAUCAGUGAAAGAGAAAAGCAGAUGCAUCAGUGGGUUUCCUAUUUACUCUAGUGCAGAAACAGAACAAGAGCUUUUCAAGCAUGCAGCAAACUAUUGGAAGCAAUUUGGCGAGAAGAAGAACGUGGUAAAGUGUGGUAUUUGUGAAGAAGCGUUCCACUCUUGCUUUAAGUUGAAGAAGCAUAUGGUCUUGCAUUAUAAAGAACAGCUCCAGUUAGAUGCUGCGGACUCGAGCACAGUUCCUGAGGUUAAAAAACUACAAUUUUUUACAAAUGUUGGAUUUAAUUGUAUCUUAUGCAAACAGAAAUAUGGGAGCAAGUCUGAAAUUUUCAGGCACUGGCAAAGUUAUCAUAAGUGCCAAGAUCCUACUGUUCUAUGGACCAUGUUUAAUUCCUUAAUUGAUCAUUGCAGAAUUGAUGAGGAACAGACUGAGAUUUCAUCAGAGCACAGUGCUGUCAGCACUGAACCUUUUUGCAGACACAUUACAGAUGCUACGUCCUUUUGUGAUCUCCAUGAGGAGAGAAGGAUUGUAGACCAGUGUAAGGUACACUUGAGCAAUUGCAUUGGCGGAACAGAGAAGUCUCUUGAUUCUUCCCAGUUAACAUGUCCGUUUUGUUCGAAGACCUUUUUCUGCACAACUUGCAGAAGCAGCAGCAGUGAAGAGGUUGUUUUUCAUCAAGGUGACGUUGAACAUCAAUGCCCAAAGUGCCUUCUGAAGUCCCCAUUAACUGUUAAGGGUCUUGAACCUCAAGUGUUCUGUACCUCAUCUAAACAUUGUGGUUGAAAUUCAAGUGCUGCUGGAAUGACAGAACCUCUAAGGAUGUUGAGAUGGAACAGAGUCAGAAGUGCUAUUCAAACCUGAAUUUUAAGUAACACUUCAGUUUGUGAGCACUGACCCUCACAAAAAUAUACCCGGAGGAGAGAAGAUAAUGGGUUUUUCAUGGAAGGACCACGGAGUGGAAGACUUGGAAUAACUUUAUAUUGGCUUGUAGCUGAACAGUUUAUCUGGAGCCAUUGGUAGAAUUUUCUUAGAUUUACUUUAUGGAAAAAUACUUAAGAGAUUCUGAGAAAUGAGUGAUAACUUUCAUUUGUGUACAUGUACGUAGUUUGGCGCCUGUAAUUAGUUACACAUUACCCAAGGAAAAACAGUUAUAACCUGUGUGAUGUUAAAUGUUUUGUGUCAGUAUUGUAGAAUACAAAUAAAUCUAAAGGCUGUUGUGUGUAAUCAAAGGAAAUGUUUUAGGCUCAAACCAGGUUGGCUUAUAAAUGGAACCAGACAUAAAUAGAUAAUAAAACCAAGAUGGUGUUAACUACUGAGUUUUUUUAAAGAAAUGUUAACCUUGAAGUGUAUAUUUUCCUAAAUAUUAUUAUUUUAAAGUUGCUGUAAAAUUGGAAACGUCAAAGAGAAGAUAAUAGGGAAGUAAAGCCCGCCCUGUUUGUGUUAAUGUAAAGUUUACUUUAAUGUUUGGUUUCUAAAGCUCAAUCUUUUAGUUUUGAAAAUGCAGUUGUCACAAGAAUGGCUUAUGUACCAAGAUUCAUAUAAUAGAGCUUAAAUGUUGUAAAUAUAAUGAUCCCAUGUUUCUUUAUUAGGUUAGAUUUUUAAUAACAUCUUAUUGCAGAGAGCUUUCAUUCCCUAAUGCAGCCAUUUCUUCUGCUUCCUCACUUUCCAUAUCAGCUGAAUUCACUGAGACACACACAGCUUGGGAAAUGAGGUCAAGCAGUAGGUGGGCUGGAACACAUUGCAUUCGGUUUAGACCCACCACAUGCAAACCAGAGAUUCAGGAGACGUAGCAUUUUUAUGCAGUAUUAUAAGAUGGGUUAUAGGAGGUUAUCAUCAUGAGUUCUUUUUGCAACCAGCAACGCUUAAAAAAAAGAAAGCAUGGUUUCUUACGUAAGCUCUCAUUAUCUGUUUUUCAUCCUUAGCUAAACCAAUGUAUCUCAGUCCACCUGAUUACUUCUUUAUCUUGUUAACUUCAUAUUAUCACAAUAAAACUUAAUUUGUAUCUAGGUAAAAUCUACAAUGAUUUUGUUUCAUAAUAUGAAAACUGAUACACAUUUACUCAAUCUUGUUAAUGCAUAUUAGGAGAAAUGCAAUUACAUUGUCUUUUGAUUAAACUUCUUAUGUAAACUAGAUUACUUUUGUAAUAAAUAUUUUGAGUUGAGCAAGUGUGUUGGUACUGUGAAUUUGUUCAAAUUUUUCUCUGCCUAAGGGGUUCAAAGUUGACUUUUUUGAAGAAAUAAAUAUUUUUUGAUGAAAUUACAGAAUUGGGAUGUGCUAAUUCACAGACUGUAAUAAUCGAAUGUUACUGACCUUGCAUUUCCUCUAUGCCAUGGAAAUUACUUGUAUGUUGAGUGUGCAUGUUUAUUGCAAUGGAUGUAACUUAAAAAUAAGUUGAAUGUCAUACAGUCAACUCAUUAAGAAGGUAAUGUUUCAGAAGAACGAACUUAUACAUGAACAAAAACAACAGGAAU